AUGUGUUUUUGUAAGCCAUCGAAAUGGCAAAAUGAGCGAAAAGAAAUCCAAGAUCAUAAAUUUGAUUUUGUAGAUAUAGAAGAAUUUUAUGAGAAAUCAUUUAUAAGGAAGUUUAAAUAUAGUUUAGUUUUUCUUGUGGUAUUAAAGACAAUACUUGUAUACGUCGCAGAUUUAUGGACAGCUGGAAUUCUAUUGAUAUUUGAUAGAUGGGGAUCAACUAUAAAACCGAAAAUUCCGUUUUUUGUUUCAAAAUGGAUCUACGUUAUCGCUAUUUUAAUGUCAUUUUUCAUAUUAGCUUGGGAUAUAAAGAAAGCUUGGCCUAUUAUAAUUUCAAAGGAUAUUUCGUAUACAUUUACAAGUCUUGUUGCAACAAGAUUCUAUACAUUAAGAAGUUAUGCACAUUAUUGUUUCUUUUGUCAAAUUCAAGAGUCAACGAGUUUAGCUGACUCCGUAGCCUUUUUUAUAUACUUUACAUCUAAAGGAUGGAAACGUCUGAUACUUGCAGAGUUGCCGCGCCAAGCCAUUAAUGCUAUAACACUUUAUCCACUUAUUCAAUCCAACAAGACCCGAAGAUAUUGGGAUAUUACAGCUUAUGGAGAUACCAUAGUUCAACGACUUGCUAUGGCCUUGAUGGCCUUUACACUUAUCGUUUUUAUUCUUUCAUUCUCCUUACUGAUCUUAGCAUUUAUCAUGUAUAUUCCACUUUUGUGUCAUAUUAGAGGAAAUCUUAAAGAAUAUUGUUGUCAUAAAGUAGAUAAGAGAAUCGCAUUUUUACUUAAAAUGAAAUCUAAAAAACGUGUCGAGAAAUAUAAACAGCAAGCAGAAGCAGAAGCUAAAGGUGAUUACAGUCAUUUGAAGAAAAGAGGCGAUACAAUUAUACGACAUAAAGAACCUACACUACCCAUCUUUGAUGACUAUAACCUCAAAAAACCAUUAAAUUCACAUUUGGGAGUUCCACCGCCAUAUGUUUCGAGACCUGGUUCACCGGCACCGCCAUAUAUUUCAAGACCAGGUACUCCGGGUUAUCCUUCAAGGCCUGGUACUCCAGGUUAUCCCGUAAGAGUAGGGACACCUUCCUUGAACCCUGGAAUGCCAGGUUUUCCAUCUAGACCGGGCACCCCAGGGUAUGGACAGGUGAAACCUUACGCUCCUCCACUUCCAGUUUUGACGCGACGUAAUAGCGUCUCAUCUAUAAUGUCUGGAACCUCUGCUUCAAGUACAUCAUCAUAUGGUUUGGCUGGACCUGGAGGAUAUCAACAUCCUCAUGGUCCUCCUAGUAGAUCACCGACGCCGCCGGCAACCCAACCAAAGCACGAUUACGAUCAUAAUUUAAUUGCGCGAGCUGUAUUUAAGAGUGCUGAAUUAGGACUUAGACAAUCUAAUACGCCCUCGGAUUCGGGCAAUGAUGAUGAUUUAAACUCUGAAUAUGGUGGAUCUCAAUCAUCUUUAGGUGACAAUACAACUACAAAACCCUUAUUAAAUAGAUAUAACGAACAAAAUAUAUAUCGGGCAUCCUCAUCGGUCCGUUCUUAUUCUCCUGCAUCAUCAAUAUCUUCAAGGUCAUCGAAUCCUAGAUCGCGUACUCCUCCUAUUGGAUCUCAUGGAAAUGUUCCCUCAAGAUAUAAACAUGAUCACAGGACACCUAGAUUUAAUAAUUAUACACAACAAGGGGGCGGGCUAAAUAGAAAUUAA